UCAUAUAUAGUGAGACAAAAUGUCAUGAAUCCAUAUUUGUCAUUCCGAUAACGUAAAUCCUCGUAAGUCGUCCCGGAAUUUUGUUCGCCGGUUUCCAACACUAUGUAGGUGUCAAUAGGGUGUGCAUUUUGCGUCAUUGCCUUUUCAAUUUUCUCUUCCCGCGAUCUCUUAUUAGCUGCUGAAUAUUUCUCCCCUCGAUCAUCAAAACUAGGGUUUCCUCGAAACUGUUGGCUCAGUUUUGAAUGCGAUGAAGAGGAAAUCAUCUGAGAAAAAAGGAGUUGAUGUUUAUAGUUUUAGCGAAGAUGAUGCAAAGAUAGAACAUGAGUCUAAAACAAAUAUGAAGAAAUACCAAAAUUCUUUUAUAAAUUUCAAUGACAAAAUCAAAAAAGCUAUUAAAGAUACUUCCCCAAUUACCAAGUAUACUUUUCUCCAAGCAUUUAGCAGGGAACCCAAGUAUGCACAAGUUGGAACCAGUGAACCAUCAAUUGUUGAAGUCGACUCGAGUCAUAGUGGUCAUAAAGGCAGAAGAAAGAGCAAUAGUGGUGACAAACACGAGAUAAAGAGUCUGAAGGCCCGUGCCACAUUGACAGAAGACAGUUUUACUAAAGAAAGAAUUUCUGGGCUAAAUGAUAUUCUGGUAGCGGAUACAAGUGGUAGUGGACAAAUUGUUCUUAGUAGUUCAGAUAGCGAUGACUCUGCAAAUAUCUUUCAUGAGGGUUCGAGCGCAAGUUCAUGUCAAGUGAAGGACUCAAGUCUUGGAGUACCUUCGGCUGGGAAGGUACAUACCAUUUCACCGGAUCUUCCAUCUAAUCUGCAGAAUGAUUCUCUAGAAGUGAUGUCAGAUGACGAAAUAUGUAUUAGACAAAGCUCUCCACAGAUUCGUUCUUCUGUUAUAGGAGAAAAUGAAGGUUAUUUAGAAGACUCUUCUUCAGAUCACAAUUCCAGUGAAUCGGAUAGGGAAAAUAUAAAUAUGGAGGUCACUGUGUCCCCAGAUUUGCUGAAAUACGAGGACAAACAUGGGAAAAGAACUUGUUCGGAGUCUUUGUUAACUUUUUCUCACAGUUGCAUUAAGCUUGAGUGUACAAAUUCAUACGGAAAGAGGGAGUCAUUCAGCUCUGAGUGGGCAAUUUCUCAGGUUUUUAGUAUUGAGAGUCAGUGGUUCUUACCGGUUCAGACGGCUCUCGUUAAGAUAUGCAUAAGGCCAAUUACUGAGAAGGAUGAAGAUGUUAAUGAUGAUCCAGGUCUUUUGGAGUUACAGUUUGCAGUUUUUGACACUUGUUGGCUAGAGAAACAUGAGAGAAUUUAUUCACUGGAUGCAAGAUACAGGGCCCUGUGGAAACUCGCACUUGAUAAUGAUACAUGGGAAGUUGGUUUCAGUGGGGAAAGCAGCUCAUCUUCUUCAAAACAUUAUAGUCCCAAUAUUGAUGAGCACUUCGAAGGUGUUAUCUAUCCACAAGGCGAUCCUGAUGCUGUUAUUAUUACAAAGAGGGACAUUGAACUAUUACAACCUAUGAGAUUCCUAAAUGAUACAAUUAUCGACUUCUACAUUAAAUAUCUGAAGAAUAUGAUUCCACCAGAGGAUGGGCAUAGGUUUCACUUCUUUAAUAGUUUUUUCUUCCGGAAGCUAGCUGAUUUGGACCAAGAUCUGCCUAGUGCUUAUCAAGGUAGGGAAGCUUUUCAGCGUGUUCGCAAAUGGACAAGGAAAGUGAAUCUGUUUGAAAAGGAUUACAUCUUCAUACCCAUAAACUUCCAUCACCAUUGGAGUUUAAUUAUCAUUUGUCACCCUGGUGAAGUGGCUAAAUCAAAAGGAGAAGAUGUUGACAAUCCUAUUAAAGUACCAUGCAUAUUGCACAUGAAUUCUAUUGAAGGAAGUCAUAGGGGAAUCAUGAAAGUUAUUCAAAGUUACCUCUGGGAAGAGUGGAAUGAGAGAACAGCAGGAGCUUCGGAAGAUUGCUUGUCGAAGUUCCAUAACUUGCGAUUUGUUAAUCUAGAGGUGCCGCAGCAAGAAAAUUCAUAUGAUUGUGGCCUUUUCUUGCUUCACUAUGUAGAAUGCUUUCUUCAAGAAGCUCCAGUUAACUUCAGCCUUUUCGACAUAGCGAAAGACUCUACCUUUCUUAAUGUAAACUGGUUUGUACCUGCGGAGGCUUCUCGAAAACGAUCGGUUAUCAUUGAUCUAAUCAAUGAGCUUGCUGAAAAUCGUGGUAGGGGACACACUGCUACAACUAACAAUGAGCAGCAUGACUUACCAGUAGGUAAUACGGAAAAUGACUCUGGGCAAGAUCGUGGGAUAGCAUUGGUUUCUGAGGCUGGCACCUCGGGAAGAACUUUUCAUGCUGAUUCAUCUUUUUCCAUUGCCGGCCUGAGGAUUGAAAAUGAACUGCGGGUACCCAAUGCAGGGUCUUUCACCGAAGCAGAGUAUCGAACUGAUUCUUUUCAGCAGCUAAAUGGUAUUGCUUCACUGUUACAGGAAAAUGAUGAGCAGAUUGCGAAUGCACCACCUGCUGAAAUAGAUUCUCAGCCUCUCGAGGUUGCAUUAUAUGAUGAAGUAGAGGUGUCAGUGGAACAGGAAGAAGACGAAAAUGAAGGGUACAACAUGGAAACCUCUAGUUUGGGAUCCCAUGAUGAAAUUGAAUCAGGCACAGAUUUGCAUCAUCUUCCAACUAAUAAUUCAAAAGAGCAAGAAGUAUCAGAGAAACGAAGAUCAGUGUCUCCAGAAGAUGGUAGGUGCAUAGCGGGAAUCCCAGCUGCAGCUUCAUCUCAUGAGAGGCCAGAGGACUUAAUAGCUGAAGAUUCUCAAGAGGUGAAUACGAUGAUGGUUGAAAAUGUUAGGUGCAUGGUGGGAAGCCCAGCUCAUGAGAGGCUGGAGGACCGUAUAGUUGAAGAUUCUCAAGAGGUAAAUAUGACGAUGGGUGAAAAUGUUGUGUGCAUAGUGGGAAACCCAGCUCAUGAGAGGCUGGAGGACCGUAUAGUUGAAGAUUCUCAAGAGGUGGAUAUGGUGAUGGCUGAUAGCGUUCUUGUGUAAAUAAGCGAACAAAAUUAUAUUAAGUAUAUAGAACUGCUCUAUCUUUAACUCCCAGUUCUGGUAACCCUAUCUUAAACAUCUGUCUUCGUUGCAAGUUGGCGGGGAAGACGCUAAUCAUUUUCACUAGCUUGUGUGUAUAGGAAGCAGCUGUGGAAGUAUCUUUUGGAUAGCAGGAACCUAAAUUUUCUUUUGCUGAUUCCUCUGUUGGAAUGUGGAACUUUUUGGGUCUGUUUCUGAAAGGUAAAGCUAUUUUGGGAAGGGAAAAUCAACUGAAUCCUUCGAGUCCAAGGUUCAAAUUUGUGAACCAUAUUUUGACGAGUCACAGAUACAUAUCAUCCACUGGAAACAAAAAUAUCUGGGUCCCUAAUGAAGUUUUUGCUUUGGUUUUCAUUGGGGGCCUCUUCUUGUGGCAGUUCAUUUUGGCUUAAAAGUCUUUUUAGCUCGGCAGUAUAGAAGUUUUCUCGAGUUUAAAAGCUCUCUAUGUAAAUUUGUACAUUACAUGCCUUCUCUAAUACUAUAAUUUUGUU